ACAAGGAGCUUGUUUGGCGGGGCCGUUGCUACGUCACCGCCAAUCACACCCUGCUGUGACGUCUUUCUGACUGAAUAACCUCGUGUUUCUGAUGAAAGGUAUGUGCCACCACGCGGAUGGCAUAUGUCCGUGAGCCGAGCUGCUGCAAUAACUUGCCACCGGACCCCCCGUGGAGUGCAACACCGGUGGCAAGGCUGCGCUCCUUCUAUUUAACUCUUUGACUUUCAUCCACCACCCCCUCCUGCCUUCUCUUUCUCCCUCGCAGCCUCGCCAAUCCCUCCUCCCACCCCACCAACAUUGCUUUUGCCACGCCACCACCCUGCCCACCAUGACGACCUUGCUCAAAAAGGUCAUCCUGGGCGAGACCUCCCUACAAAAGAGCGCCUCCCCCAACCCCUCCUCCGACCGAAGCCCAUCCACACGCAGCCCAGCGGGAAGAGAUUCCUCCGAAGACCCCAAAGACAAGACCAUCCCCCCAGAGCCCGUCCAGCUCGCCACUGAAGGCGACUUCUCCCUCAACGAGGCCGAAGCACCCCUGCAAGCACACAACCUCGCGCGCGCCAACAAGCGCUGCAAAGCGCUCAAAUGGGACACCAAGCUGGCCAAGGAUGCCGCCGCUUAUGCCGAGCUGCUCGCGCGCACCGGCAUCCUUGAGCACUCGGGCAUCGAGACGGCGGGGGAGAAUCUGUACCACGACAAGGGCGAGGCGACAUUAGAGCAGGCGGUGGACGCGUGGCUGAGGCAGGAGACGCUCUACGACGGCAAGGCCAUUGGCGCGAGCGAGUCGGGGCUGCGGGAAUGGGGGGAUUUCACACAAUGCAUGUGGAAGGAUACGGUGUCCGUGGGCAUGGGUCGGUAUCGCGAUGAAAAGUCGGGCCAGACCUAUGUGGUGGCGAGAUAUACCCCUCCCGGCAACGUCAAUGGCGAGAUGCCGUUUUGAGUCUUUUGUGAUUCUCCGCAAGCACAAUGGAGAUGGGAAGGAGGGGGAGUAGUCAACGCAUGGCAGCGGUGUUUCUUCAAGCUUCACGCGGCGAAGCUCUACCACGGGGCGCAUGAUUUUGAGCGUAUCGAACUCAGCCACAAAUGACCAGGCAUGAUUGUGCAAGCGCGCCUGCUCAGAAACUGUUCUA